AUGUUUUCCAACGAUAUUUGACUUUCAGAAGGCAGGAUCAACAUAGGAGAGGAGAAAAUACUGAAGCCCCAAAGCAGCAAUGUUUAACCCCAACAACCAGUUUCCAAUUCAACCAAUGGCAUUGUCUGUCCAUGAUCCAUUGGCACCAAUGCAGGUGGAUCAGAGUGAAAACUCUUUGGUUGCUGAAGAUGAAAUUCAAAAUGGAGGACUUUCACAAGCAAAAUCAAUAAUCCAAAUUUCUGAGAGACUUCAAGAUGAUCUACGUCUUUUAGGGCUGAAAAUCAAACAACAUGAGGACAACCUAAAACUUAUAACGAGUCAAAAGAACAAGCUUGAGGAGUCUAUACUUGAUAUGCAAGUUAUUCUUGGCAAGUAUCACUCUUCUACUGUGCCUAAGACUGAAAAUGAAGACCAUUCCCACCUUGAGAGUGAGCAGAAAAUAAUUGAGAACAUUCUUAAGCAUGAAAAGUCUGCAGCUCGAAUUAUUUGUCAACUGAAAUCCCAUCAGGGUACUCAUGCUUCUUAUCUGAAAUUGACCAAGGAUGUGUUGGGUGUUGUUGCUACUCUUGGCAAAGUAGAUGAUGAAAAUCUUAGCAAGCUUUUGGCAGAGUACCUAGGAUUGGAGACUAUGUUAGCCAUUGUUUGUAAAACAUAUGAAAGUGUUAAGGCUCUGGAAAUACGUGGCAAGGAUGGCUGUGUAGAUAAAUCUGCUGGUCUUCAUGGGCUUGCUGCUUCUCUGGGGAAGCCUUUGGAUUCUCGAUUUCUUGUCAUUUGCCUUGAAAAUUUAAGACCUUUUGCAGGUGAUUUUGCAGCAGAUGACCCACAGAAGAGGCUUGAUCUUUUAAAGCCAAGAUUACCAAAUGGAGAGUGCCCCCCCGGCUUUCUUGGCUUUGCAGUGAAUAUGAUAAAGGUGGACAGCUCUAACUUAUUUCAUGUCACCGUUGGUGGGUAUGGCCUCAGGGAGACUCUUUUCUAUUGUCUCUUCUCCCGUCUUCAAGUAUAUAGAACAAGGGCUGAGAUGAUCUCUGCUCUCCCAUGUAUAAGUGAAGGAGCUGUUUCUUUAGAUGGUGGGAUCAUUAGAAGUAAUGGUGUGUUUUCACUGGGCAGUCGGGAAGAGGUAGAUGUGAGAUUUCCAAAACCAUCCUUGACACCAAAUGUGCCUCAAAGCCAUAUUCAGGCUGAGAAGCAGGUCAAAGAGAUGAAUAUGAAAAAGGAAAAUUUGCAAGAAGAUAUAAAGCGGGAACAGGCAUUGCUGGAUAAGGCAAAGUUGAAUUUUCAAAGAAAGAAGGAAGAAUUUGUCAAGUUUAUUGCUGAAAGCUCAUCAUAUGCUUAUCAGCAUCAGUAUCAGGUGGCUCGGGACAGGUUGACCCCAAGAUGACAUUAACCACAAAUUCUACCAAUCAAACAGGGAGGAGUGCAGGAGUCAUAAAACAUUGAACUUCAGCUUCUUACUAACAUCAUUGAUUUUUCUUUCUUCUGGUCAUGGAACUCACCUGGGUACAGCUUUUGAUGUGACAGCCAAAACGUAUGUUUUAAUUUUUCGAACGUCCAUCUCUAGUUGGAAUAAGUUUGAUCAUUGGGAGCAAGAGCAAGAACAGAUUGAAUGCAUUGGUCCUUGCCAAAAAUGGUUGGCGAUACUAAUGCAAGCUUGUUCAGUUAAGGCAGGACGCAAUCCCACGCUGACAAUGGCAAAACAGCCUUUUAAUCAAAGGGGGUUUUUUUUUUUUGGCUCUAUUGUGGUUUUGUUUUUUCUGUGAAUGUGAUUCUCCCUGUUAUCAUAUUGAGCA